AUGACCAGCACCAAGUACCCAGUGGCCUCGUUCACAAACUCCCGCCUGCAGGUCCAGGUGGGGAGGCUGGAGCUGAGCGAUGGGCUGAGCCUGGUGGUGCUGCUGCCGCGGGGGCCCCUGGGGGCGCUGGAGACCCUGGAGCGGUCACUGGACCCCCCCACCUUCCUGGCCCUGCUGCGGCGGGCGGCCCAGACGCCCCCUCGGGCCACCGCGCUGGCCCUGCCCCGGAUGCACCUCGACCUCACCCUGGACGUGGUGCCCCUGGUCCACGACAUGGAUGAGAUGCAAACGAACCACGGCUCCCCCGCCCACGUGACCCGAGCGCCUCACGUGAUUAGGGAGCGCCACGUGACGCGGGCGCCUCGCGCUCCCGCUGUCGCGUCGCUCUGA